CUUUCAUCACGAAGUCACACUGCGUGGUGCAUAUUGUCGUAUUUCUAUCGUACGGGCAGCUCACUCAUUAUUUUUCGCGCAUAUCUCCUCAGGGCAUUUCAUUUCUCAUGCAAAAUGAGACCCAAUUUGCUGCUGAAGGAGCCGGACUCCUCCAUUGUACCGCACAUACUACUGUGUCUCGUCCAGAUCAUCGCAUUGUCAUCCCCCUAUUUUCCGCAGCGGCGGCUCGUAUUUGGCGCUCUUAUAAUAUCUCUUGGUGCUUAUUGUACCUUGCAUCCGCAUUUCACGAAUAAUUUUGAUUUGGCCCAGCCAUUCUCGUUGGCAUGGUCUUUUUACACGGCAGUCCUGGCCAAGAUCAUAUUCUCGGAUGCACCUGAGAACCAAUUCUGGAGGAUUGAUCGUCCGGCAAGGGAGGCUAGGGAAUACAAUGCUUUUGGAUGGAGAAAACUGCGAUGGGCUACUGCUCUGAUGUUCAAUCAUCGUGGGAUCAGAUGGAACCAUCAGGUCAAGAAUAUUCCCGCUCAGGCUCAUACUGGAAAGUCCGCGUUUUUGAUGCGUCAAUUGGUGAAAUUUUUGGUUUGCAUAUGUAUGGGCGAUCUGCUUUAUUACAUCCACCAGAGAGUGAACUUCACAAAUAGAAAUGGUAUUGUGGCAAACUUGGAUAGCAAAUACUUAACUCUACGACAUGAGAGUUGGGGAUGGAAUUUACUCAAGACCUUUUCCCUCGCCUGCCUUCCAUACUUUGCGCUCAGCAUGCAAUUUGCUCUUGCUGGUUUUCUCGCCGUAUUAUUUGGACUCAGCAGACCAGAGGACUGGCCUUCUCCCUUUGGCAGCUUUGAUGAUAUGCGGACGGUGCGGUUGUUUUGGGGACGCUUUUGGCAUCAACAGCUACGCCAUAUGCUUACAGCUUACACUGACGCUUCCGCUGACUUUCUCCGAAUACCACGGGGAACCAAUUUCUCUUCCUACUUUAAGCUCUAUCUGGCCUUCUUCAUAUCAGGGAGCUUUCAUGGUUUGAGCCAAUUGUAUUUACCACGUCCUUCGAACAUUGCUGCCAGUGAGUGCUCUUUGGGCUUUUUGAAGUUCUUUCUUUGCCAGGCCGUGGCGAUCACGCUUGAAGAUCUGGUGAUAUGGCUCUGGGGUGUAACUGGCUGGAGGACGAAAAAAGUAUAUUUUGUAGGAUAUCUUUGGGUUUUCUUAUUUCUGGGGUGGAGCUUUCCGUUGGUGGGGGACACAGUACUUAAGAUGCGGGUAGGUGAGGGUGACUUUGCGCCAUUCCCUCUCAUGAGGCCAGUGGUAAAUGCGUUUAUUGGAAUUCCACCAUAG